UGCACCACCACCACCACCACUACACACUCUCUCUACUCGUUUGACUGUGCCGUCCUCGCCGCAUCAGUAUGCAAUCCUUUCGUUACUAUUCUUAUUAAUCGUCGUUCUUUUACUUUGAGUUGUUUCAUACCACUCCGUCUUUCUUGUGCCCAAAUUCCUGCUGCUGGGACAUCUUCUUUCAUCCUACAUUCGACAUCAACGCCUCGGGCUCGUUCCACGUCCUCUCCUCAAUCUCCACGGUCUGCUCGCUGGAGGCAUCACAGCGCCACAUCGCAUGAUAAUGCGCUUCUUCUCUCGGCAGUCGCUUCUGCUCGCCGCCACCUUACUUUUCACCACAUCCGUCGAGGCACAUUCCUCUGCGAGAAACCCCAUCAGUGUUGUUUCGACGAUCCAGAAUGCGACUAUCUCCACAGUAACCACCCGCGUAACCUCUCUGUCCAACUUCAACUUGCUCUUCAACAUCCAGGGCGACCUUCAUGUCAAGCUCAGACUAGAACCGAAUCAUGAUAUCCUGGGAGAAGGAGCCUCAGUCCAAUACUUGGCGGCAGAUGGAACAAUAAGCAGGACAGAAGUGAUCGAUCGUUCCGAACACAAGGUCUUCCUAGGCGAUACAUGGGUGAAAGGUCUUAGCACUGGACUUGAUCAGUGGCAUUCCGCCGGUUGGGCGCGUAUCACUGUUCUGCAGGAUGGGCAAAAGCCGAUCUUUGAGGGUGUCUUUGUCGUGGACAACGUCAACUACCAUGUCUUGACGUCGACCAGCUACUCGCAAAUUCGCCACGCAGCUGACCCCGAGGUAGUCGUUGCGGCUAACGAGGAUGAGGAAUAUAUGGUAGUAUGGCGCGAUUCCGAUAUCAUGGAUGACAUCCCUGAGCACCAGGACCUCCGACGACAAGCCCGAGCGGAGGCGCGGACUUGCCGCGCCGACGAGCUGGCCUUCAACACUCGUCCUGACCAUCCUGUCUUCCUGGCCAUGGCAAAGCGAUCUGAAGGCUUUCUCGGCCGCAUGGACUUCUCGAGCCUAUUCAACAAACGUCAACUGGAUUCGACUACAGGUGGAAAUGGUCCAGUCGCCAACUUGGCAGGUGUGAUUGGCUCGAGGGUAGGCUGCCCAACCACUCGUAAAGUUGCUCUAGUCGGUGUCGCCACGGACUGCACAUACACUUCCCAAUUCAGUUCGACCGAUGCAGCAAAGAAGAACGCUCUGACACAAAUGAACUUGGCGUCCGCGAUUUGGGAAGACACCUUCAGCAUCACGCUGGCCGUUCAGAACAUCAUCGUCUCCGAAGCGACUUGUCCCGGAACACCUGCGGAUGCGACACGAUGGAAUCAGGCCUGUUCAGGUAGUGUAGACGUCAAUUUGCGACUCGACUACUUCUCCACAUGGCGAGGUGCCCAGAAAGACAGCAACAGCCAUUGGACAUUGUUCACGACCUGUAACACGGCCACUACUGUUGGCUUGGCUUGGCUCGGCCAGUCUUGCGCCGUGGGAAGCCACACGCAAGCCGAUGGCCACAUCAAUGCGGGUGCCAACGUCGUUGUCAGAACAUCUGGAGCAAGUGAGUGGCAGAUUGUUGCGCACGAGACCGGGCACACUUUCGGUGCUGUCCAUGAUUGCGACAGUGGGAUGUGUCAAGACAAAAACUUCGUUGCAUCCUCGCAGUGCUGUCCGCUAAGCAGCACACAAUGUGAUGCUGGCGCAAAAUACAUCAUGAAUCCUUCCUCCGGCUCCAACCUCAAUACCUUCAGUCUUUGCUCGGUCGGCAACGUUUGUACUGCGCUUGCGCGGAAUGCUAUCAACAGCACCUGCCUGACGGACAAUCGCCGCGUCGUAACCGUCAGCGACCCAAUUUGUGGUAAUGGAAUUGUCGAACAGGGCGAAGAUUGCGACUGUGGUGGUACGGCGAGUUGCGGAGACAAUCGCUGCUGCAACCCAACUACGUGCAAGUUCACCACUGGCUCUGUUUGUGACGAUCGCAAUGAAGACUGUUGUCGCAGCUGCCAGUUCGCGUCUGCCUCGACCGUCUGCCGCGCGAGUACUGGCGUCUGCGACCCCCAGGAGACUUGUUCUGGCACUUCGCCACUCUGCCCCACGGAUGUCAAGACUCCCAACGGUGACAGUUGUGGCAACGGACUUCAAUGUGCCUCGGGACAGUGCACAAGCCGCGAUCAACAGUGCAAGACUGUCAUGGGAGGACAGUACGCCCUCGGCAAUGACACCAAUGCUUGCGACAGUGGCAGCUGUACCAUCAGUUGCACAAGUUCCGCGUUUGGACCCGGCCAGUGCUAUAAAAUCAAUCAAUACUUCCUCGACGGCACCUCCUGCGACAACGGAGGCAAAUGCUACAAUGGUCAAUGCCAAGGCGGUUCCUUCUCCGGCUGGUUCGAACAAAAUCGCGCCCUCGUUCUCGGCAUCGCCUGCGGUGUCGGCGGCAUCAUCGUCAUCUCCAUUCUGGUCUGCCUUGUCCGCUGCUGCCGCGGUCGGCAGCGCCACCAGCCCGUCUCGCAAAUGUCACCCACCGGUCCACCGCCGAACGGCUGGCAAGGCUGGCAACAGCAGCCGCCCAUGCGCCAGCAACCACCCCCACCGAACCAGGGCUGGUACAACCAGGGCUCAAGUCCGACUCAGAGAUACGAUGACGGCCAGUGGGGCGGCCCGCCAAUCCCAGCGCCGGGCUACGCGACGCGGACGCCGACCGUGCGAUACGCAUAAGCGUGUUGGUCGUGGAGUCUGCAUUUUAUUGGAUAUUUACUGCUUUUUGAGGGUUUGAUGGAAGCAAUUUUAUGGCGGCGGCAAAGGUUCUUUUUCUACGGGUACAGCGGCGUCGUCCUGAUACCUGGCGUUACGAGUCACAUCUAUUUAUGCAUACUGAAUCUUUUCUCGCAAGAUCGAUCCUCACAGGGCCGAGAGGAG